UCUUCCUUCAUGUCAUUGGCCUUCCUAAGCAGAAUAGAAGAAAAAAGGAGAUAAACUCCCUCAAAUUAUUCCUCUGAUGCUUUCAGCGAAUACUUUCAUUAUAAUUUGAUGUUUCUGCAAUAAAACGUUGUCAUGACUGAACCAUUGAUGAAACUUGUUUCUGCAAUUUUGAAGGAAUUUUAUGGCGAAGUAGUGGAAAAAGUUGGAAGUUUUUUGGUCAGAAAAAAUUGGACACCUUUCAGGGUUUUGGUUGUAGAGACCAAACUGAAACCAACCCAGGUCAAGCGGGCUCUAGUGGUUCUGAUCCAACAGAACAUUGCUAAGUUUGAAGUUCAGGCCAAAUCCAACAGUGUCGAGUACAGUGCAAGUUAUAGGAGUGUUCUACAUCGUCUCUGCUAUCCCCAAUAUGUCUAUGCUGCCAAGACUCUGUAUGGCGAUGCUGGGGAGCUCAUCGUUGAGGAGAUGCUACACUAUGGCCAAGUGACCAUGUCAAGCUGCUUGGAGCGUGUCUCAGAAAGAGUUAAAGACUCCACCAAUGGUGAAAGUGUCACUUCCUCGACAGUCAGGGAGAAAUUCUAUGUUUUGGCUCGGACGCACUUCAUCCAGCGAUGUCCAGCAACGGUGUUAUUUCAAAUCGGAACUCCUGCUCCUGAGAUGGCUUUGGAUGAGGAGAUGAUGUAUGUGGUACCUAAUAUAGACACGACACGACUUGGUGGAUUGAAAGAAGCUGGUCAAGAACCCCCUGCCAAGAGGCACAAGGGCGAUGAGUUUAAUGAUGAUAAAAAAAUCUACUGGAGAUUAAACUUUGCAAGAUUUCACCAGCACCUACGAGAUCAGGCCAUUAUCUCUGCAGUUUCCAACAAAAUUGACAAAAAAGGUGGUGAAGUAAUGCGGACCUUUUUGAGAAUAAACGAGCUACACAGCAUUAAUAACAAAGCAGCCAUUUCUGUCCAAAUCGAUGCCAAUGAGGUGUAUAAAACUAUUCCAAAAGAAUUCAUUAUUGGAAGACAUAUGAUGGAACAGUAUUUGGUACUGCUUUCGAGUGAAUCGACCAGAUUUGUUGAAAAGAUCGGAGACAGUGGUGGAGGAACUUACCAUAUAAAUAUCAAAAGCAUUGUGUCGAAACUCUGUGAAGCACAUAUUGAGUCUGUGGUGCUUGAAAGAUUUGGCUCAAAAUGUUUGCGAAUCUUCCGGCUUCUACUCCUGAAGAAACAUCUGGAGCAGAAACAGAUUGAAGAAUUUGCAAUGAUACCAGCCAAGGAAACAAAGGAGCUGUUGUACCGAAUGUUUGAAGAGCAAUUUGUAACUAUUACGGAAGUGCCAAGGACACCAGAUCAUGCACCCUCGAGGACGUUUUACCUUUUCUCUGUAAACAUGAAUAUUGUUGUCAGGAUGGUGCUGGCCAUGGCGUACAAGACAGUCUACAAUCUAAUGGUCAGAAGACAGCAUGAAACCAAUGAACAUAAACGUCUGCUGGAUAAACAUCAAAGGGUUGAAGCCAUAGCAGCGACGCUUGAACAAAGUGGUGCAGAUCCUGCCCAGAGGGAAGAAAUCGAGGAAAUGAUAACACCUGCUGAGAAGUCACAAUUACAAAAAGUCAAACAUAUGACUCGUCAACUGGAGCAGAGUGAAAUCCAACUGAUUGACACCAUCUUCAUGUUAGAGACUUAUCUCGAGUACACAGAUAUUCCUAAGGUCGUCAAACCUAAAGCGCCAGCAUUUUAAUCAAGACAUGAGGAGUGUAUACUGUCGGUUGUGCUCUCUCAGUAUGUUUGGAAUGAAAGGGUCGUACAAGAAACUGCCAGCUGUCAUCAUCAUCAAAGGCAGAAUCUAAUCGCUAGCAAAACAUGUCCUACUCCAAUAGUUCAUCAUGUUGUUGCUUCCUGUGUCAGUUAA